CUCUAGGCAGCGAAGGUGCGUCGCAAACAAUAGGUGGGUUAGCGAACGAAGUGCACAUGUUCUCAUCUACAACAACCGUCUCCACACUUUUUUUUUCGAACAAAUUCCUCAAUCACGACACUGGUUCCCCAGUCGACCAAAAUAAAACAUCCUGCGUCCUCCAUCUAGCGAACAUGACCACCAUCCCGCAAACUCCACCCAACAAACUCCUUUUCACCAGACCCAGACAUGCGCCUGACUCUCACACCUCCAACACCAGAGCAAAAUACUUGAUAUUCUUCAUACCAGGUAACCCAGGCAUAAUACAAUAUUAUAGCGUCUUCUUGAAAAAUCUGCACGAGAAGCUCGCGCAUGGUCUCAAGCCCCGCGUUGAUGUUCUAGGGAUCACGUUAGCGGGAUUCGAAUGCGGUGCAUCCGAGCAUCAAGAUGUACGGAACAAGGCGAAGAAAUUCCCCCUCAGCAUCGAUGAUCAGAUCGACUUUGUCGAAAGAACGUUGAGAGAUUACACCGAGCCCGACACGCGGAUAAUUCUCAUGGGCCACUCUUUUGGGGUAUAUAUUUUCAUGGAGAUGUUGCGGAGACGGCAGUCUCGACUGAAAACAACGGGACACGUAAUUGGAGCAAUCGGUCUUUUCCCCGGCGUAGUCCAUCUCGCGAGAAGUCAAGGUGGACGGCGCGGGCAACAAUGGCUGGCAAUUCCCGGCCUCGCAUUUCUACUUAUCUGGCUCGCACGGGCACUGGGUUUGUUAUUGCCUACGAAGAUACUGCAGAAUGUUAUACGUGCGUUAUCCGGAUAUCCAGAUCACGCUGUGAGGACGACAGUACAUUGGAUACGGAGUCGAUGGGGUCUUCAACAAAGUUUACACCUUGUGCGCGAAGAAUUAAUACGUAUCACAGAUGAUGCGUGGGAUGAUGAGGUCUGGGGGACAGAUAUCCACAUGCUGUUCGGCGAAAAAGAUGUUUACGUGCCUGAGAUCGAGCGAGACGCGCUGAUAUCUGCUCGAGCGGUUAAAAGUGCUGUGCAGACGGGCAGCACUCCUUAUUUCGAGAUAGCCGCAACAGGGAUCCCGCACGACUUUAGCAUCCGACACAACGCACCAGUUGCUGAGAAGGUAGACAUUUGGGUCAGAAAGAUCAUUUCUCAGGACGAGGCUUGA